ACUCCCUAAUUAACCUCCCCAAGUUUUCUUUCUUUCCCAUUUCUCUAUUUGUAUUAAAACACAAAAAAAAAAUGGAAGAAAUGGCUUCUUUAUGGACUUAUCAAGAGACAAUGGAUGAAUUGAGGCAGAAACUUUUGUACACAACCAUAGAACUGCAACGGUUGAAGGUUCAAUCCAUGGAGGAGACGAGGAAGAACAAAGAAUACAUGGACCAACUCGUUCAACUCGUUCAAUCGGUUAUAAGGGAAAGAGACGAAGCUAGGAGCCAGGUCCAGAAGAUUCUGAGCGGGACCCACGGGUUCGUAACGAACCCCGUGAGUUUCGCCAGAACCAAUUCUGGACUGACGGACUCGACCAACAACAGUCUCUCUGAGAACAACACCCAGAACCAUUACUGUUCCUCCCCGGUCGAGUCCUUGCUCGACCCGGUCCCGUCCCCGGGCGGGCCGGGCGAACAGAACGGUCGGAGGGCGGCGGCAGUGCUUGACCGGGGCGGCAUGGUGAUCGACGGGCUGGCGAGGGGCAGGCCGCUGCCCGAGAAAGGGAAGUUCCUGACCGCCGUCCUCGAGGCGGGCCCGCUCCUGCAGACGCAUCUCCUGGCGGGCCCGCUCCCCAGGUGGCGGAACCCGCCCCAGCUCAAGCCGUUCCACAUCCCGCAGGUCUCGCUGGCGAGAGCCUGCAGCGGGGACCACGACGGCGGCGACGGCCUCGUAACCGCCGCCGCCGCUGUGGCCCGGUCGAGAAUGGCGGAGGCGCAGCCUUACUUUGAGAUGUCAUGUGGGUCUUCAUCACAAAUGAUGUCAAAUUAUGGGAUGCUGAGUUUUGGCAGUGCCCCUCCUUCGGUGAUAUCAGCAGGUUCGGAUUUUGACUGUUAUGGCCAUAUCAGCAAAAGACAAAGGCUUAAUUGAAAACUAUACAUAUACAUACAUAUAUGGAUGGAUUUGAUAGAAAUAUACUCUCUCUCCUAAAAAAAUGUUCAUCUUUCAUUUUUUGCGCAUUCCGUAAAACAUUUCUAUCUCGUCUCAAAUACCAAAAAAAGUUUCAAAAUAAUUUCUACCUACAAUAAAGAAGAAAGGUAAUAGAUUUUAGGCAUUUUA